GGCCACCAUCAUUAGAGACUCCAUCCAAAAUAGCAGGAAAUCCAAGAUGGGAUCCCUACUUUAAGGUGUGAUAUUCAGCUAUUCAAUAUUCUCCUUCAAAAAAUUUCACUAUUUAAACCCAUAAGACCCUUAAUUGUAUUUUGGCUUGUAUUGGAUAAACAUAGGAUUGUAUUGGAGCUAUUGAUGGCACACAUAUAAGAGCUUCGGUUUCCAUAGAUAUGGAACCUUCAUUUCGUGGUAGAAAGUCUUAUGCCUCUCAAAAUGUAAUGGCGGCCGUUGAUUUUGAUCUUCGAUUCACAUAUGUCUUGGCUGGUUGGGAGGGUUCAGCACAUGAUGCUUUAGUACUAAGAGAUGCUUUAGAGCGAGAGAAUGGCCUUCGUGUACCACAAGGAAAAUUCUAUCUAGUGGACGCUGGAUAUGGAGCCAAACCUGGAUUUUUGCCCCCUUUUCGUGCUGUCCGGUAUCACUUGAAUGAAUGGGGAAAUAAUCCGGUACAAAAUGAGAAGGAGUUGUUCAACCUUAGGCACUCGUCUCUUCGUGUCACCGUAGAGCGUGCAUUUGGUUCACUGAAGAGAAGAUUUAAAAUACUUGAUGAUGCCACACCAUUCUUUUCAUUUUCUACUCAAGUAGAUAUUGUUGUAGCCUGCUGCAUUAUUCACAAUUGGGUCAUACAAGAUGGAGGUGAUGAGCUGAUCAUUGAAGAAUCUAAUUGGCCAAUUCAUAAUCAUGCUACAACAACAAGUGGCCAAGCUAGUGAACAUGCAUUCAUGGUUAAUUUGAGGCAGGAAAUAGCAAAUCAGAUGUGGGAAGAUCGUCAAAACCACUAUGCUUCCUAAUUUGUUAUUGUUUUUCUUGCUGUAAUUUUUAUUUAUGGACAUUAAUAUAUGGACUUAAUUAAUGUAUUCAUAUAUUGUGUGAGAUUACUUCUUGCUAUAUGCACAUGACUUAUUUAAUGUAUUCAUGGACAUCAAUCAUUUAUGUCAAAGUUCUUCAUGGGAUGUAUAUGUCUGGACAUAACCAUAUUGCAGAAAAUGGAGAGUGAAGGAGCUGGUGAGCACUUUGUAGAACAAGCUGAUGGUAGUAGCCAUGUUGUGUGGACUUCUGCAAUGUCCGCUUACAUGCUCAGUAACCUAGCAAGCCUUGUGGCUGAAGGGAUCAGGACAUCAACAGGCUUCAAGAAAGUUCACCUUAACAUGUGUGCUAAGGCUCUAAAUGACUAUUUCAAGAUGAAGCUCACUGGAGAACAAGUGAAGAACCAUUUGAGGACAUGGAAGAGAAGAUAUGCGAAGAUAAACAGACUUAGGAAGUUAAGUGCUGCUUCUUGGAACGAAGAUAACUACAUGAUCACUCUUGAUCAUGAACAUUAUGCAAACUAUGUGCAGGAUCACAAAUCUGAUGCUGAGUUUUUAAACAAGCCUUUGGAGAACUAUAAGGAAAUGUUCACUGUCUUUGGAAACAAUAUGGCUACAGGAAAGUAUGCAAAAGGAUCAAGUGAAGCUCUAGGUACUGAAGAUAGAAACAGUAUGGCUGAAACAGAGAUUGAUGAGGGAGAUGUUAAUGCUGUUCCUAGUCCUAUAGAUGAUAUUGGGGCUUCAUCCUCAGCUCCUAGACCUAGGAAGAAGGCAAAGGUUACUAGUAAUGAAGAGGCAGGGCUGAUUGGAGCAUUCAAAGAUGGUGCUGAAAGGCUUGCAAUGGCUAUUGAGAAGGCUGGUUCAGAUGACCUACCACCUGACUUGCUUCAAACAUUGCAAAGUAUUCCAGGUUUUGAUGACACACACAAGGCCUUUUACUUUGCAUAUCUAGUGAAAAAUCCUGGAUUAGCAAGGCAGUUCCCUACUCUCCCAUUGACAUAUCAGAUAAGUUUGCUUGCUCGGUUCGUUAGUGAGACCUUUCCUUAGAUUAUGAGGACCGGGAAUUAGGACUAUGCUGGAGGUUAAGUGGAAAUUAGAACUAUGUUGUUCUUUUGUUAUGUAAACCAUGACCAAUACUUUGUUUUCAAGUACUGGGAUUGAAAUAAUGGCUUUGCUAUGUCGAAAUACUCGAUUUGUUAUGAAAUACUGGGUUUGUUAUGACCAACAUGGAUGCUCGGUUUGUUUGUUUUGAAAUACUGGGUUUGAGAUUCAUUGUAAUGGUGUAUGCUCAGGUUGUUUGUUUUGAAGUACUGUUUGAAAUAUUGUUUUGA